AAGAAACUCCUGUGUACACUCCUUGCGGUGUGGCCUGAAAUGGUUUAGGUGGCUCCAUUUCCCCGGUCGAUAGGCGUUUCGCGGGUAUACAACGACGGUUCCAAUGUGAAGAAAACUCGACUGCGCUAACAGAAGCAAUUGGACUUAUUGCAGCCCGUGUGCACCAAUCUCUCGCAAUCGUUGGUGUUUUUUUUAUCGUGUUAUCAUUAUUUAACCCGUUCACUGUAACCCUCCUGGGGACACAACAUACUCACAGAGUAGAUAAUCAAGCUUCAAUCUCAUACGAACUAUAAGGUAGAAUCAUGUCAAACUACCGUCCCCGGGGAGCUAUUGCCAAAGUGUUCUUUGACCGCAUUCACAACGACGAUGUUAUCCAGCAGAUUGAUAUGACGACGUGGUAUACGAUGACCAAGCUACCUCGCAAAUACGGAUGCUUAUAUCAUCAUCUGAAUGGCCCAGAUGCAUUCACGCUCGAGUGGCUGGACCGCUCGAAGAAAACUUCUGGGCGGUUCUGGCUGCAGCUGUGCCACGAGGUAGCCAAGCUGUUUCUCAACAUGUUUAUGACGCAGACCGAUAUCAAUGGCUUCCUGAAGCGUGGCUCAAUGUUCAUACUCUCAGAGGGCCAGUUCGACGAGUUUCUCACCGCUGGGGGUUUCUUCCAGAACCGCGAAAGGCAAUCGAUGCUUAACAUUUGCGACAUUGGUGCCGGCGAUGGCGAGGUGACGAUGCGACUGGUACAUACAUUGCAGCAGAAGUCCAACUGGCAGGUGACUACGUACGCCACCGAAUCCAGCUGGACCAUGCGAAAUCGUCUCAGCGAAAAGAAUUUCAUUGUACUGGAGAAUCUGAACCAAAUUCAUGGGGCCGAUCUGGUCGUGUGUUUCAACGUGUUAGAUAGAUGUUUCGAUCCUCACGUGAUGCUCAGUGAAAUCUACGAAUCGUUGGAUCCGUCAGGAUUUGCACUGAUUGCUCUCGUACUGCCGUAUAGCCAUUAUGUAGAGAAAAAUUCUAGCCACUUACCAUUGCGAACACUUCUGGAACCGUGGCCACCCGAAAAGCGACUUACGGUGGAGGAAGAGCUGGAAAUGUUUUUCGAUGUGCUGCACGCGGUCGGAUUCAAGAUACGGAUAUGGACGAAGGCCCCCUAUCUGUGCGAAGGCGAUCUACGCCAGUCGUUCUACUGGCUAACGGAUUACGUUGUACUGUGUUCAAAAUAAAUGUGCAAUCAUUCCAGCAAAAUAAACGAAAGGAAAAAAAAGCAAGAGAAAAUAUCCACGAACAAAUG